GGGCCCGAGUACGUGUCUGAGGGGGAGGCGGCGGUGGCGGUGGGGCCGGUGCGGAGCAGCCGCGGGGAGCGGGAUCGGCUCCAGCACCAGUGCCGGGGCGGUUUUAAUUAGACUUCGGUCAGCCCGGGUUUUAUCGGGAGCGGAUUUUAAAAGCGUCUCUCGUCCCUCUGCCUCUGCGGACGGGGCACCAUGUCGGAAGCAGAGCAGCAGCUGGCGGCCGGCGCCACCCAGAACGGGCACGAAGCGGCCGAGAGCGCCGGGGAGCAGCAGGCCGAGACCGGCGGGGCCGCUGCGGCGGCGGGAGCGGCAGGAGCAGCGGGAGCGGCGGCGGCGGCGGGAGCCGGCCCAGCGGCGGGAACAGCGGGCACGGCCGCCAGCCAGAAUGGGGCCGAGGGCGAUCAGAUCAACGCCAGCAAGAACGAGGAGGACGCGGGGAAGAUGUUUGUUGGUGGCCUCAGUUGGGAUACAAGCAAAAAAGACUUGAAAGAUUACUUCACCAAAUUUGGUGAGGUAACCGACUGUACGAUAAAGAUGGACCCUAACACAGGAAGAUCCAGAGGCUUUGGAUUUAUUCUCUUCAAAGAACCUGGGAGUGUUGAAAAGGUUCUGGAACAGAAAGAACACAGACUAGAUGGACGACUAAUUGAUCCCAAGAAGGCCAUGGCAAUGAAAAAGGAUCCAGUGAAGAAAAUAUUUGUUGGUGGGCUAAAUCCAGAAGCUACAGAAGAGAAAAUCAGGGAAUACUUUGGAGAGUUUGGAGAGAUUGAAGCAAUUGAACUGCCAAUGGAUCCAAAGACCAACAAAAGGAGGGGGUUUGUGUUCAUCACUUUCAAGGAAGAGGAUCCAGUGAAGAAGGUUUUGGAGAAGAAAUUCCAUAACGUCAGUGGAAGCAAGUGUGAGAUUAAGGUAGCACAGCCAAAAGAAGUGUACCAGCAGCAACAGUUCAGUAGUGGUGGAGGAAGAGGUAGCUAUGGAGGAAGAGGCAGAGGUGGAAGAGGCGGUGCUCAAAGUCAAAAUUGGAAUCAAGGUUAUGGCAAUUACUGGAACCAGGGUUAUGGGAAUCAAGGAUACGGCUAUCAGCAAGGUUAUGGUGGCUAUGGAGGCUAUGAUUAUUCAGGAUAUGGGUAUUAUGGAUAUGGACCAGGCUAUGAUUACAGUCAAGGCAGUGCAAAUUAUGGGAAGACACCAAGACGUGGUGGUCAUCAGAAUAACUACAAGCCAUAUUGAUCAAACUUAUUCAGGCCUGGCAGUGGUCACAGUUGAUGCCUACAACAAGCACUGGAUAUUCCACAAGUUGAAGACGGAAUACUGACUUGUUUACCUGAAGAUAAUAGGACUUCGGGGUAUUUCCUCAGAGAAAAUAUAAAUUUUAAUAUAAUUUCAUAAGCUUUGGAGGUUAGCUUGUCUUGUAGCUUCAGUGAUAUCAAACUUCUUCAAGUAGGAGCUAGAUAGAAAGCUGUUUAGUUUUUGCCAGCGUAUGUAAAACAAGACUUUUCUAUCUGCAUUGUAGAUUGUUUGUGGACACUUCCAGAUUCUUGUGCUUUCUGCAGUCAUUCUGGGGACUGAACUCUCAUUGAUAUUGAAAGAGGUUCCAUGAACACGACAUGUGCAGGAAUUUGAGUGUAGAAGCCCACAGUGUGGUUUGGAAUAGUGAACUGCUCUUAGUUUGGAGAUGACUGGGGGAGAUGGGAAAAGCAACUGUACAUUAAGGGAACAAUUUCAAAUCUUCCUGGUGACAUCAAUGAGAGAUUUGCCUUCAACCUUUCACAGAAAAUUUUUUAGCUUUAAUUUGGGAUAUUAAAGGGGUUUUUCAAAAGCACUAAAGGCCAGUGGAAGCUUGUUAGCUGCUCCUUAUGCCUUUAAAAACCCCUACACCAAAAGUGAUAGCCGAGAACAUGAAAUGGAAGUAAAUAAAAUGCAUUUUCAUUGCUGUUUUGAGUUACAUAA